UCCGCCUGCGGGGUUCGGAUAGUGUCGUGGCCCGGCCGUGAAAACACGGGCGGCAUGGCUUCGCGAGGGGUGCCAUGGUCGCUCGGCAGGCUCUGGUUGCUGCCCCUGACGCUCGCGGCGGCGGCGUGCUGUGCCAGGUUGGUGCCACCGCUCCCGGGCCCGCUCCCUGGACUAUUGUUCGAUGUCAACGACUGGAGAAUCUCGGAGUGUAGCCGUAGCCUUUCCUCGAGCUUGUCCAGACGCUGCUCCAACUCGCGGCCAUAGCCCGCCCGCAGUCCUGGCUUUUUUCUCUCCUUGUACUCGCAGAGCGCGCCGUUGCGGCUGCACCACCCGCAGGACGGCUGGCCACGGUCGCAUUUCACCUGUACCGGUCAGCAGGCUGUCGGUCGGCGAUGAUGUAGUCUCAAGCACGGUAGGGAGGGGGCAUACUUUCCGCUGCUUGCAGAGCUCACACCUAGGGUGGCAUCAGCAUCGAGUUGCCGACGGGGACGAUGGUCUGGCGGCUGUAGCGGCGGACACGGCUACUUACGAGACGGAUAUGGGUCGCUUGCGCUUUCCAAGGCGAGCGCCUUCGUGCUGGUCGUCGUCGUGGUCGAGGUCAUCGCUCUGCUGGCCGCCAUCGUCGCUCUCCGGGGGAUCCUGGUGCGCAUGCCGCCCUGGAUGGGAAGACUGCGGCGACGACUGCAGUUGCAGGCCGUUGUAUCGGGGAGCCUGGUGCUGCAUCAUGCCGAGCGCCCACGGCGAGCGAUCGCCGCCCGCGACGGCAGUCACCACGCGAAAGCGGGACUCGGGCGUUGGAGGGGGAAGUGGAGCGAGAGACCUGCCGAACCCCAGUGUACGGCGCAGCGAUGCUCAGGGUUUGAGACCAAUUGACCCGUGCGACACGAUACGGUCACGCUGUAUGCACAAACGCGGUAUCUCCUAAUCGCCACCAAUAAUCAGAGCCAGUCCGAUGGCCGAUGUUCCAUGGAACGGUUCGGUGUAAUGUUGUGUAGAGGAGCGAGACGGACAGUGGAGAGACCUCGGACGUUUUAUCGCGGUGCAAGUGCACCCGAUGCGCCGAAUUCCGACCAGGGCUUGGGACCCAUCAG